AUGGAGACGCGUGGUUUGUGGUGGGCGGCAGUACCCAUCAUCAUCUCAAUCCUCUGGCUCUACACCAGCGUCCUCACCUCCUCUUUUCCCAUGCUACGCAACAAGCGCAUCUGUCUCUUGAUAGCACACCCAGACGACGAAGCAAUGUUUUUCGCCCCUACAGUACUUGCCCUCACACGUCCCGAACUCGGCAACCACGUUAAAAUUCUGUGCUUGAGCUCUGGAGACGCCGAUGGCUUGGGCCACAUCCGCAAGCAAGAACUGGUCAAAAGUGGACUACUACUAGGCUUGAGAAAUGCAGACGAUGUGUUGGUUCUGGAUGAUGAGAGGUUUCCUGAUUCGAUGACAAAGACUUGGGAUAGCAAGGCAAUUGCAAAUCUGCUGGCUUCCACGUUUGCACCGAAGAUGGCAAAGAUGGGGGCAAAGUCUGCUCCCGAGGCCAACAUUGAUGUUUUGAUUACUUUCGACNAUUGGGGUGUUUCUUCACAUCCGAACCAUAUUUCUUUGUACUAUGGUGGUCUUGCUUUCUUGAAGCAGAUUAUGCAGAAGCAUUCCGGCUGGGAAAAUCCAAUCAAAAUGUACACGUUGUCGUCAACCAAUGUGGCCAGAAAGUACGCGAGUAUCAUGGAUGCACCGUUGACACUUGCCAGAACGGCACUCAUGAAGAAGGAAGCUGGCGAUUUUCCUGCUCCGCUGGUGGUCGUUAGCGGCGUCGGCGGAUACAGAAAAGCACAGAAAGCCAUGACGAAUGCGCACGAAAGUCAAAUGAGAUGGUUCCGAUGGGGCUGGAUCAGUGUAUCGAGAUAUAUGGUGUUGAACGACUUGAAGAAGGUCAAGGCGACCUGA